AUUUUUUAUAAAAUAGAAAACUUGAAUUGCACAGCUCCUGAUACAGUUGAAAAUGGUAGGUACGAGUGUGCGACGGGGACCACGCCCGGAAGCACAUGUAAAUACACGUGCAAUGAAGGAUACAAAAUGACUGGAGACACACACGUCAUGUGCAUAAUACAGGAAUCGACAUUUCCGGUUUGGUCAGGAAAUCCAGCGUGUGAAGCUAUUCAGUGCGGCGAGCCAACUAAACCAAUAAACGGAAAUAUAUCUUGUUCAACGGAAUCGUUCUCUUAUCAGUCAGUGUGUAAUAUAACUUGUGAGACAGGAUUUACAGCUGAUGGACCUCUUAUCAUGAUUUGUCAAGCUAAUGGUUCAUGGUCUAGACCUACAUUUUGCACAUUUCCAGAACCCCUUGCAGUCCAUUGUAUUUCCCCUCAAGUUUUCUACACAAGUCCGCAGCAGACAUCUGUACAAGUUCAUUGGCAGGAACCGACAUCAUUUGCCUUAGAUAGUAAUCUAAUGCAGAUGCGUAAAAUAAAUGGUCCAAUCCAGGGAGAUAUAUUAGAUGUAGGACUACACACGGUUACAUAUGAACUAACAAAUGUUGUAUCAAGAGAAACUGCAGAAUGUGACUUACAGUUACAUGUUAAAGUUGUGUUGUGCGAAGAACCGUCAACAUCAUUGAAUGACAGCUUUAUGAUACACCAAUGUUCACUACCAACACUUAUACUCGGCACAAACUGCAUAAUUUCAUGUGAAAACGGCAUGGAGUUGAUUGGAAACUCUUCUGUUAUAUGUGCAGACAACGGUAUGAAGAAUGGCAUUUGGGACUGGGGACACAGUGAUAAACCAUUCUGCAAUAAUACAAUUCAAAACUGCACACAUAAUAUUAACGACCCAGGAAACGGUCAACUCGUUUACGGUGAGAACGACACGUUGCCAAUUGUACAAGUUGUUUGUGAUGCAGGAUUCAGCUUACCGUUAGGAUUUCCUAGAAUCGUUUUCUGUUUGAAAGGGAAGUGGGAAUAUGACCAGAUACCUAAUUGUAUUGCUGAGAUGAAGCAAGAUUACAAAAUGAAAGUAGAGGUGACGUUUAAUGGACAAGGAUGCUCAGAUAAUGCGUUAAUAUACUUCGAGGAAUACGAAGAAACAUUUAAGUUGGAAUUUGAAAACAUUCUCAUUCAGAAUUGUUCAAGCGAAACAUUAUGCACUGUAAAUGAUGUACUCAUAGAAUGUUACAAUAAAUCAACUCAAAGCGCUGGUAAAGAAGUUUCACAUCUUGAUGACUACAACCAGACGCUUACACAAAUGGUUUUGCUUACUUUUACGCUAAGAGUUGAGGCCGCAGAAAAUUUUUCAGACAAUUUAGAUAUUGACAUAGGAAAUGUUGUUAAAUCAUUAUGGGGGUAUUAUCCACAAUGGGUUGAGUCUACCAUUCUUGAGAUGCUAGAGUUGUAUGGCGACUUUGUAUUUGAAAGUUGGAAUAUUGUCACUUUCACAAUGCCGACAUGCAUUAUGCAAGAACACCAAUGCAGAACUUGUUCUAUUGGAACUUUUUUCAACGAAACACUCGGAAUUUGUCAACCUUGUCCUUUAGGGUAUUACAAAGAUGAACCUGGCUUUAAACUCUGCAUGCGAUGUCCUUUUAGAACGUCAACAAAAAGCAAAGGUUCAUAUUCCAUACAAGAUUGUAAAGAAAUAUGUCCACCUGGAUCCUUCUCAUCAAAUGGCUUAAUAAGUUGCCUUGUGUGUCAAAGAGGCUAUUACCAGGACAUGCAUGGCCAAACUGAAUGUAAAAAAUGUCCAGAAGGAACUACGACAAUUCUUCCUAACGGCACAAAUGUAAAUAAUUGCACAGCCACAAAUGAAAACAAUAGAUGCAUAAGGUCUUCGUGCAAUGGACAUAGAUGUAUCAGCAGGAAUGGGGAAAGGUUUUGUGUUUGUUCUGACGGUUGGUCAGGUGAUUUAUGUAAUCAUCCGCCGAAUUAUUGCUCUGAUCAUGCUUGUAUGAAUGGAGGCACAUGUAUUAAUAACAAUGAUAGUUAUAUCUGUCAUUGUCCUUCAAGUUUUAAUGGUGUACUUUGUGAAGCUAAAUCAGAAGGAGGAGGGUGGACAGAAUGGUCAAGAUGGACAGAUUGCUCUGUAGCAUGUGGCAAUGGAUCGAAGGUACGAACAAGACAAUGCACGAAUCCUUCGCCCUCGAUGUCCGGAGACAAAUGUGUUGGUAUUUUGGCAGAAAACAAACUUUGUUUCAUGGAUAUUUGCAAAGAAUGUUCGGCGCUCAUCAACGGAAUCAAUUCCCUUUUCGAAUGCAAAAUUACCAAAUCUGGAUCGGAAAAGUGCCAAGCACGAUGUAAUGAUAGUAAUGUACUGGUAUCAGCAUUUAAUGCGUUUUCAAGUCUUGAGUGUGGUUUGCAGACAGGCUGGCUAUGGUUACCAGUGAAUAUUUCAGCUUCGUGUGUUGAACCACAUAAUCCAGUGAGUCUUCAUCUUGGAUCUAGUAUUGAAUACGAAGAAAAGAUACAGAAUAAGUUUCACGAACAUGCUACAAAGCAAGUUUUUAAUAAUUUACUUGCAAGUGACUGCUUCAAAACCCCGACUUGUGAGUUGAAUGUGACGUUUCUAAAUGACACUUCCCAAAAUGCUGAAAAUGUCGCUUUUGACAGAUCUAAACUGUUAGUGUCUUUUGAUAAAUCUAUACAGUAUGAAGCUUGGAAGGUGACAUUUGAAGAUAAUGAAUAUAAAUUCCUGAAUACAGUCACAGCGAUAAGACGUAUGGAAAGUACAGCAAAAUACUUGAUGGAAAAUGCAAGUGAUAUCUUUGACAUUUAUGUAAACGAUAUUACUAAAAGAGCACUUGAAGAAAAUCGCCGUUCAUUUAAAGCAGAUCCAGGGUCAUUGACGAUAAAUGGAAGGGUAAAUUGUUUGCCAGGCCAGGCACCAAAUGACGGAGUUUGCAUUGUUUGUCCACCUGGAACUUAUGCGGGGUAUGACAGCUGCCAUCUGUGCACGAAAGAUACAUUUCAACCGUUUCAUGGACAAACAAGAUGCAUCGCAUGUCCUUUAGGACAUACAACACAAUCUGUUGGGUCGAAUCAUGAAACACAAUGUGUUGUUUGUCCACCUGGAACUUAUGCGGGGUAUCAAAGUUGUCAACUGUGCAUAAAAGAUACAUUUCAACCGUUUCAUGGACAAACAAGAUGCAUUGCAUGUCCUUUAGGACAUACAACUCAAUCUGUUGGGUCGAAUCAUGAAACACAAUGUGGAGUACAGAAGUUGCAACCAGCUGAAGGAAAGGAUGAAUUAGAAGUUUCUCUCUCUUUGGUCGCUAUACUUAGUGGAUUAGCUGGAGCUAUUGCAUCGUCGGCUGCCACAUAUGCUACAGUGAAACAACUGCAACGCAAUUCUAAAAGCUUGGAUGGUAAAAAAAAUCAACAAGAAGUACAGAAGUUGGAACCAGCUGAAGAAAAGGAUGUAUUAGAAGAGUGUACAUUUACGAAAGAUAAAGAUGCGUUCACUGUCACAGAUGACAUGAAAGCGAAAUUCGACAACUACGGAUGUAUUUUAGUAAGGAAUUUCCUUUCGAAGGAGGAAGUGACACACAUUAAAACCAGUUUUGAGUCAGACGAAUUCAAGGCAUAUAUGUACGCGCUCGACAAUAGCGAGGGAAGGGAAACUCAUAUGAUUAUCUGGAAGCAGCCUGGGGACGAUAUCACGGGUAUAUUGGGCAGGUGUGAAAAAGUUGUCACUACAUGUGAAAAUCUCUUAGGAGGAGAAGUUUAUCAUUAUCACUCGAAACUUAUGGGAAAACCACCAAAAGAAGAUGGUCGUCAUCUGUGGCACCAGGAUGACGGGUAUGGGUAUGAAAACGGAUGCUUAUAUCUAAACAUGAUAACAGUGUUCAUUGCAAUGGACAAAUGCGAAAAGGCAAACGGAUGCUUACAGUAUUUACCAGUGACACAAAAAUGUGGUAUAAUUGAGCACCAUAGAUUGGGCGAUCAGUUCGAAGCUGACAGAGAAAGAAUUAAAGAAAUUCAGAAAGAGAAGAACGGUAUUCCAUUACUGUAUGCAGAACUUGAAGAAGGUGACGCUUUGUUUAUGCACUGUAAUGUCCUGCACUUCAGUAGCGCUAAUCUGAGUGACAAAUGGCGUUGGGCUUUACUUUGUUGUUAUAACAGAGCAAAUAAUAAUCCGGUUCAUCACCAUUCGCAAUAUACUCCGUUGAAAAAGGUCAAUGACAGUAAAAUACUUUCCUGUAAGAAGUUGAUCGAUAUAGAAGGCAAGUCGUUCAUGCCUCCUCUACAGAAAGAAGAAACGAGUACAUAUUUGUGA